ACAGCUGUGUUAUGGCCGUAUAAAUAUGAAUCGCAUCGCCGUCAACAAUCACAAUUGGCCAUGGCAUUAGAAAAAGUUUGGUUGUUCGGCUCAGGGCUACGUCUAGACGCCGUUCAGGGUUUGCUAAUCGUCUGCUUGGCGCUGGCCUUGGGCCAGCAGGAGGUGGCAGGUGCCUACAGCCAGCAAGAGCUGCUCACCUGGCUGCAGCAGAGCAACUUUGGCUACCAGGUGCUGCAGCAGGCGAACAGCUCCAGCGACGAGCUGCUCUGCGUCACAGAGGUGGCCCUACUGUUGCAGGCGGCCGAGCGACAUGCUCUGCCCGCGGUGCAAGUGCUCGAUGCGUGGGGCAAGUUUCCGCACGGCCUGCUCUACGGCCAUUUCAGUGAUCUCGGCAACUACGAGUCCUGCCUGAGCCAGAGCCUCAGCCAGAGCCUGGGCAACUCGGCUGCGGCUUUAGCUCCGAGCAAAUACUGCUUGGCCCACAUCGCCUUCGAGUCACUCUUAGCCACUGACGAGGAUCCGGUUAGCAUUAGCAUUGGCACCUGCAUUCCGGCUGCCUGCAGUGCCGAUCAGCUCAAUCGCUGGCUCAACAACUAUCUGCAGCGCAUCUUCGAGGAUGCAGCGGCUCCACAGCUGCAGCUGGUGCAGGAGUCCAAUUGCGCCCUGGCCGCCAGAGAGCCAAUGGCGUCACUUGAUUGGUUCGCAAUUGUGCUGCUCAUCACUUUGGCCCUGCUCGUCGUUCUGUGCACGCUGUUGGACUACUUCAAAG